CUUUUCCAUAUACCUUUCCUUUUUUUUUUUCUUUUUUUUCUUUUGUUCUUUUCUUAUUUCUUUUUCCUUCUCCUUCCGUUCCUUUCUUUGUUAUUUAUUUUGACUUAUUGUGAAAGGAAAAGGUGAAGAAAGUUAUAAUAUGGUCAAAGACGACGAACGACAACCGUUGUUAGGUGAUAGUAGUCGACAACAAGAACUACUUGGAUACGGAAUAGAUGCUGAAAAGUUGACAAAACUCAUCGAUCCCAAGAAUCCUAAACUGUUACGUGAAUUAGGAGGAGUGGAACGAAUAUGUAACCUACUACGAGUUGACCCGAGUAUAGGUUUAUCAGCUGAUGAAGAUAGAGAACGAUCGUCUUCUAUACCGUUUAUAAAGCGACAACAAGUGUUUGGUCGAAAUAUUUUACCACAAGCUAUAUCAAAAUCCUUUUUACAGUUACUUUGGGCAGCUUAUAAUGAUAAAACACUUAUCAUGUUGACAAUUGCUUCUAUUGUAUCUUUGGCCAUUGGUAUCUGGGAAGAUUGGUCUCCGUCACACAACCCCGAUGAUCCCCGUGUAGGAUGGGUGGAAGGAACGGCGAUCCUUGUAGCAGUGUUUACAGUGAUUUUGACAAAUGCAAUUAAUGAUUAUGAAAAAGAAAAACAAUUCAAGAAAUUAAAUGCAAAGAAAGAAGAUCGAUUGGUCAAAGUCAUUCGAAAUGGUCAUGAACAUGAAAUCAGUGUUUAUGAUCUUCAAGUCGGUGAUAUUCUCAUAUUGGAACCUGGUGAUAUUUUACCCGUUGAUGGUCUUUUUUUAGAUGGUCAUAAUGUUGCCUGUGAUGAAUCAUCUGCCACAGGUGAAUCGGAUACCAUGAAAAAAAAGGCUUUUCCCAAGAAUGACGAUGGUAAUGAUAAUAGUAUUGAUUGUUUCUUAUUAUCUGGUUCCAAAGUGUUGGAAGGUGUGGGACGAUGUGUUGUGAUUGCUGUUGGUGAACAUUCUUUCUUUGGUAAAACGAUGAUGUCUAUGCGUGGUCAAGAAACAGAAGGUACUCCUUUACAAGUCAAGUUGGAUAUUCUCGCUGAACAAAUUGCUAAACUUGGAUUUGCCGCUGCCCUUUUGAUGUUAUUGACGUUGAUCAUCAAGUAUUUGGUACUUUCCUCACUUGAAAAUCAUUGGCCUUCUAGUGAACAAAUGGCUGCUACUUUAGUCCGUAUUAUCAUCCAAGCCAUUACUAUUAUUGUCGUCGCUGUACCUGAAGGGCUUCCUAUGGCGGUCACUAUGGCCUUGGCCUUUGCUACUACCCAGAUGCUUAAAGAAAAUAACUUGGUACGUGUCCUUUCAGCAUGUGAAACCAUGGGCAAUGCCACAGCCAUCUGUUCUGACAAGACUGGUACUUUGACUCAAAAUGUGAUGUCUGUGGAGAAAGGUACAAUGCCAGCAUAUAUUUCUUUUGACAAUCAAGAACAAGGCUCCAUCAAACAAUGGCGUUCUAAGUGUAAUGAUGAAAAACUGGUGGAAACGAUCGUACAAGGUAUAGCCAUUAAUUCAACUGCUUUUGAAAAUAAUGAUGAAAAUGGUCAACGUAGUUUUAUUGGCUCCAAAACUGAAUGUGCUCUCUUGAGUUGGGCUAAACAACUUGGUUGUGAUUAUGAACAAAUUCGUCAUGAUUUAAAUGUUGUUCAAGUCUAUCCUUUUGCUUCGAAACGUAAGACUAUGUCUACUGUUAUUUCUAAUAACAUCACUGGGAAAGGCUACCGCAUGUAUACCAAAGGUGCUUCAGAAAUUGUGUUGGAUCAUUGUACUCAAUAUAUCGAUCAACAUGGAAAACCUCAUCGUUUGGAUAAGGAAGGUAUUGUUAAAUGGCAAGGCAUCAUUAGUGAUUAUGCAAAUCAAGCUUUACGUACUAUUGCUUUGGCUUACAAGGAUAUGAAAACAUCGGAAAAUCUCAACAAGGCAAAGGGAAAUCAUGGAAAUAAAGACAAUGAUAAUGAUGAUAAUGAUGAUGAUGAAGAAGAACCUGAUUUAGAUAACUUGAUUCUUAUUGGUGUGGUAGGUAUUAUGGAUCCUUUACGACCUGGUGUAGUAGAAUCUGUACAAACUUUUCGACAGGCAGGUGUAUUUAUACGUAUGAUUACUGGUGAUAAUAUUGAUACUGCCAAAGCGAUUGCUCGAAAAGCAGGCAUUUUGACUAAAGGUGGUGUAGCAAUAACUGGACCUGAAUUAAGAAAUAUGUCAGUGGAAGAACAACGGAAGGUGAUUCCUCGAUUACAGGUAUUAGCACGAUCUUCUCCUACAGAUAAGACAGUAGUAGUGACUAGAUUACAAGAACAAGAUCAAGUAGUAGGGAUGACUGGCGAUGGUACUAAUGAUGGACCUGCAUUAAAAAUGGCGGAUGUUGGUUUUGCAAUGGGCAUCACUGGCACUGAAGUAUCCAAGGAAGCAUCCGAUAUUAUUUUGAUGGAUGAUAAUUUCAAUUCGAUUUUAAAGGCUCUUUUAUGGGGUCGUGGGGUGAAUGAUGGUGUACGAAAAUUCUUAACUUUUCAACUUACCGUUAACGUUGCUGCUGUGGUAUUGUCCUUCGUUAGUGCAUUGACAUCGGAUACCUCGGAAAGUAUUCUUAGUGCCGUUCAAUUAUUGUGGGUCAAUCUGAUCAUGGACACCUUGGCUGCUUUAGCAUUGGCGACCGAACCUCCUAGUCAUGAUUUAUUGCAACGAAAACCCAUCUCAAAGUAUGCACAUUUGAUCAAUUUCCCAAUGGCCAAAAUGAUCAUUGGUCAAGCCAUCUUUCAAAUAGCCAUCAAUCUAGCACUUCUCUAUUCCGGUUAUGCUUUAUUUCAUUUGGAUCCUGCUCAUGAUGAAAAAGUACUCCGUACUAUGUUGUUCAAUGUGUUUGUAUUUCUACAGAUCUUUAAUGAACUCAACUGUCGUCGUAUUGAUAAUACUACUUUGAAUGUGUUCAGUAAUAUUCAUCGUCAUUGGAUCUUUAUUCUUGUUCAAAUAUUUGUGAUUUUUGGUCAAUAUUUGAUUGUAACAUUUGGUGGUAUUGCUUUCAAGACUGUGCCUCUCACUGCAUCUCAAUGGUGCAUCACUAUCUUGUUGGGUUCUCUCUCAUUACCAAUUGGCACAAUCAUCCGUCUUCUUCCUGAUUGUUGUGGUUGUGAACGCCGAUUCAAUGAAGAUGCGACACCAUUGGCUUCUUAUUCAAGAAUGCAUUGGGAAGGUGCCAUCGGUGAUAUUCGAAAAGAAGUACGCAUCCUAUCCUUAUUAAGACGUAGUAAUCAUCAUCACCAUCACUCUCGUAGUAACAGUAACACUAGUAUUAGUAGUAAUACCUAUCAUAAUCAUAAUCAUCAUCGACGUACCAACAGUUUGAAUACGCAACCCACUAUUCUUCCUUCACAUCGACAACAAAGACAAAAUCUUACCUCAUCUCCUAUUCCACCAGAAUUACCUCCUCGACCUACUACUUACGGCACUACAACUGCCUCAAAUGAUAUCUCUUCAGGUACUUCCAGUGGUGGUAAUCGGUUCGCUAAUUUGGUCAAUAAUGCGAAACAAUAUCAACUUGCCGCUGAACAAGCCAAUCAACGUCAACAGCAAAAAUCAUCUAAAAAAUAAAAAGUAGACAUUUUAUUUAUUUAUUUAUUUAUUUAAAUAU